GUGCUUGUGCUCGUGGUUGGGCCUGCUUGCCUGGGGCAGUUAUGUUCGUUUGUGUGUGUGUGUGUGUGUGUGUGUGUGUUGAGGGGGGGGGGUGGUGCGGAGGGGUCCGAUUUUUCGUUGUCAGACACCUAACAGUGUGAUCCGCGUUACUAAGACCAGAAGAUGCAGUCCAUGCUGGACGAGGAGGGAGAUGUGGACUUCAUCUCUACGUGGGAGGAGGUUCACGAGUCCUUCGACGCUAUGGGGCUAAGUGACAACCUGCUCAGAGCCAUUCAUGUGUGCGGUUUCUCAAAACCGUCGAUCAUCCAGCAGAGGGGCAUGGUUCCAUUCUGCAAAGGACUGGAUGUCAUUCAGCAGGCACAGUCGGGUAAGGAAAAGACAUCGACCUUCUGUUCUGGAGUCCUGCAGCAGCUGGACUACAAGACGUUGGCAUGCCAAGCUCUCCUGCUUGCCCCUUCCCCAGAAUUGGCACACCAGGUAGAGAAGGUGAUGAGGGCUCUUGGACACUACCUCCAGGUGAAGGUGCACGCCUGUGUCGGAGCUCGCAGUGUGGGGGAGGAUCAGUGGAUCCUGCAGAGUGGUGCACAUGUUGUCGUUGGAACACCCGAACAUGUAUACGAUAUGCUUCGCCAGGGAGCUCUGAAGCCCGACUGCUUUAAGAUCUUCGUUCUAGACGACGCCGACAUUAUGCUCUCUAGAUAUAAGGAUCAUAUUUGUGGCAUCUUCCAGCUUCUGCCGGGCAAGGUCCAAGUGGGUGUGUUCUCGGCUACCAUGCCUCCUGAGAUUCUGGGUAUCGUGAGAAAGUUUAUGAAGAAGCCUGUGAAGAUUCUGGUCAAUAGAGACGAGCUGACCCUUGAAGGUAUCAAGCAGUUUUAUGUGAAUGUGGACAAGGAAGACUGCAAGUUGGACAAUCUAUGUGAUUUGCACGAGACGCUGGCCGUCAUGCAGAGUAUCAUCUUCGUUAACACAGGAGGAAAGGUCGACUGGUUGAUGGACAAGAUGCGUUCUCGCCACUUCACGGUCUCCGGUACGCACAAAGAUAUGGAUCAGGACACUUAUGAUAAUGUGAUGAGUUCCUCCCAUGUGCUGACUACGACUGAUCUCUUGGUUCGCGGUAUUGGCAUGGAGCGAGUGACCCUUGUCAUUAACUAUGACCUGCCCACGCAACUGGAGAACUACUUGCAUCGUAUCGGUAAAAGAGGGCGAUCUGGAAGGAAGGGUGUUGCCAUCAACUUCGUCACCCAGAAAGACACCCAGCUCUUGCAGGAUAUUCAAAUGUUCUAUAACGCACAGAUUGAGGAGCUACCAAGCAACAUCGCAACUCACCGCGGAAUAGCAAUCAUGGGGGCUAUUCCAGCUGACACUGCACAGUUCGAUGCGCGUCACUAUGACCAGAAGAUGGAGUUGUUAUUGAAGGAGGAUGCAGACUUCAUCUAUACGUGGGAGGAGGUACACGAGUCCUUUGACACUAUGGGGCUCAGGGAAAACCUGCUGAGAGGCAUUUAUGCAUAUGGUUUAGAGAGUCCCGUGACCGUGCAGCAGAGGGGCAUUGUCCCAUUCUGCAAAGGACUGGACAUCAUUAUUCAUGCACAGUGCGGUACGGAGACGACAGUGACCUUCUGCUCUGGAAUCCUGCAGCAGCUGGACUACGAGACCUUGGCAUGCCAAGCCCUCGUCCUUGCCCCUGUCCGGGAAGUGGCUAUGGAGAGUGAGAAGAUCAUGAGGGCUCUUGGAGACUACCUCCAGGUGAAGGUGCACGCCUGUGUAGAAGGUAACAGUGGGAGGGAAGAGCAGAGGAUCCUGCAGAGUGGUGUGCAUGUUGUGGUUGGAACACCUGGCCGUGUCUAUGAUAUGCUUAGGCGCGGAGCGCUGACGCCUGACUACAUUAAGAUCUUUGUUCUCGAUGAUGCCGACGUAAUGUGUUCCAGGAAGUUUAAGGAGUGUGUGUACGAUAUCUUCCAGCUUCUACCAGUCAAGCUCCAAGUAGGUGUGUUCACGACUACCAUGCCUGCUGACGCUUUGGAGAUCAUUAGAAAGUUUAUGACCAAGCCCGUGAGGAUUCUUCUCAAGAGAGACGAGCGGAUCCUUGAAGGUAAACGUGGACAAGGAAGACUGGAAGCUGGACACGGUAUGUGAUUUGUACGAAACGCUGGCCAUCACGCAAAGUGCCAUCUUCAUCAACACGAGAAGAAAGGUCGAUUGGUUGACGGACAAG